AUGAAGGUCGCUGAGAUACUCUCCGACCUCACCUCCCUUCGGGCCUGUGAACACGCAGAUGCCGUCGCUCUCCUGAACGUGGACAAAACAGCCCCAGGUUCAGCUAAUCCCCAGGAUGCUAGCUCUGCCGUCGCCAGCUCCCAGUCCAUGAAUCCAGACCUUCAGCGCGCAAAGGACCUGAUUGAUUUGCAUAAAGAGGUGAAGCUGAGACAUCAACGGUACCAGAACGGGGGAUUGGUGGACAAGGACCUGCGACAAGCGAGGGAUGAUGUUAGCCGGGUAUUGUGGGAGCUGGAGGAGUUUUCAAAUGUAUUGCUGGUAGCUGAAAAUGUUCAGCUGUUGCUGGAUCUUCGAUGGAAUCACUUCCAACUGCCCGCUAGCAAUAUCUACGAUUUUGCAAUCGUCGUCAAGCGGGCCCAAACCCCGAUUGAGCCAAUUUUCCCUUCUUGUCAAAUCGACGCGGGGCAACUUAUCCCGUACUCCAUGCGGAGGAUAGGUACACCAUUUACGCGCGAGACACUCAACGAGGUUGACUUUUAUUGA